AUGGAUCACAAAACCCUCACGGUAUGCGAGUUACUCCAGUCUCAACCAUGUAAGAUGACACCAAAGUCGUUCAUGGUGCACUUCUUGUGCUCGCAAAAUUCUGAUAUUGCAUAUCGGCGACGUUAUUGGGCCGAGUCGGCCAUAGACUCAACUAUGCGCCUGGUUGAUGCUAUGGCCGAUGAGAUUAAGAGCUCUGCUGUGGGCCGUGAUGCUUGGGCCAAGUUUAUCCAAGACGAGGCCAUCGAGAUCCUUGCAAGUCAGAAGCCCCCAAAGGGGCACUAUCCCCAGGGAUCGUUCCACAGCUCGGACAAGGUCAAAGAGUCCUUCUUCACUCAAGAAGAGAAGGAUCGCCGCGAAGAGAUCCUCACAUCAACACACACACCCUUCUUGUACAACAUUUUGAUGGGUGCACUUCACAAGCAGCACAAACAGAAAGACUCAACCAACACUGAUGACAAGGGCGAUAGCGAUUUGGAGGAUGAUUUUCAAAGUGAUGAGGUUCCUGAGGACAUGCCUCUUGAUCAGGAUGUUGUAGCAUAUACCAAAAUGCACACUGGAGAAGCUAAGGUCAACUUUCGGUUCCAUAGGAUAAUCACCACAGUGUGUUCGAUGGUUACCUUUGCAUCAAAUCGCCGAGCUAAUGGGUUACAGCUGAUGAAUGCUAUGCGAUUCAUGGCAUGCGGUGUCUCAGAACGUGUCCACAACUACAUGAACUUUAUAGGCUUAAGCUCAUCGCGCUGGACAUCUCUUGCGGCGUUGAACACUUUGGCUAAGGAGGCUAAAGGGAAGUUAAGAUCCGGCAUGGCUAUCAAGGCUGGGAUUCCAAUUUCCCCUACGAUCUGCAUCGAUAACAUUGACAUGGUUGAAAAAGUGCAUGCAUUGUCAGUUGGGAACAAGACUCAUACGUUCCGAGGCACUUGGGGAUACAUCCACUUCCCCAACCCUGAGCUUCUCCGUUCUCUCAAUAUGGAUGAAUUAUCUUUGCCUGAGUACUACAAAGCAAUCGAGCUGGCCAACUCAGCUCCAAUUGAGCCGGAGUAUUUUCUUCCCACCACUGAAUCCAAUAUUGUUGAAGAGGGGGUUUGGAAAUCUCAAAUCGCCCAGGUUUUGAAGAAGUACAUCGCAGUACCAGGCGACAAGAAGUCGGCAUUACCUUUGCACCCGCCUGUUGUUGAUCAGAUCAGUCAUGAAAAGCCCGAUGUACAAAUGCUUAAACUCAUGGAUGCUUCAGACAACUGCGCUGAGGGGGUCGGUCAGGUUUUUAAUGGUAUUCUCAGCCAAUCUGGCCUAUCCGUGGAUGAAUUCUUUGCACGACUCCAGCCUAUGGAUGGUGACUUGGGUGUUGAAGUUACCUCAGUAUAA